AUGGGCGUUGUGAAGAUGCCUGCGCUUUCCGACUACUGGUCGGACCGCCUCCGAUACCCUCUCAUGGCGGACGUAAUGCCUGUAAAACGCUUCAAGAAGCUCCGAAGACUAGUACACUUCACGUCGACAGAAGACGCAACGGACAAGUUUACAAAAAUACUGCCUGCCUUUGAACUACUUCGUGGGAACUUCAGGAAGGUUGAAGAGGAAAAACAAGAAUCCAUCGACGAGAUGAUGGUGCCUUACAAAGGCAAACGAGCUGGGAAGCUGCGGCAGUAUAUGAAGAAUAAACCACAUAAAUGGGGCCACAAGCUAUUUGUGCGUGCAGGCGUAUCAGGCAUGGUUUACGACAUCCUGCCAUAUGCUGGAGCUGACACAUUUUCUCAUGUGACAUUCAGUGCGGAGGAGGAGGCCCUCGGUCUUGGAGGAAAGGUUGUUGUAUACCUCUGCAGAACUCUCCAGAACCCAGAAGAAAGCGCUGUGUUCUUUGAUAACUUUUUCUGCAAGGACAAGGCCCUUUUGAAGAAAGGCCGUGGACAUUAUGAUCAAAAGACAGAGAAGACCUCAGCUGUCACCAUCAUCAAAUGGGUUGACAAUAAAGUUGUGAACCUUGCGAGCAACUUUGUUGGCGUUCAGCCAGAAGGUACUGUCAAGCGCUUCUCGAAGGAGGAAUCGAAGAAAGUUGCAGUGCCAUGCCCUCGAAUUGUACUGGAGUACAACAACCACAUGGGAGGCGUAGACCUCGCUGAUAUGCUAAUUGAGCUUUACAGAACACCUUUGAAAUCAAAAAGAUACUAUUUGAAGUUGUUUGCACAGUUGCUUGAUAUAUCUAUCAACAAUGCCUGGUUGCUCUAUCGCCGUGACUGUCGCAUUCUUCUGAAUCAACCGGCACUUGCACUGAAGGACUUUCGAGUGGCUGUCGGUGAAGAGCAGGAAAGAGAAAAAGAGGUAGGCCAUCUUUUGAUGAGGUUCCACAAAAAAAGAUCCGCAAGGCAAAGGCUUCAAGGCCAGCUGACGACGUGA